ACUUAGUUUGACAAGUUGUUGUUUACAGUUGGACAGUGACGCAGCAGUAGCAGUCAGCACUUUUAGCCGGUUAAAAGAUCAUUAGAUUUAUAUUUGCUCCAGUAUUAUAUCCAGCAUUUGAAAUAGUUUGUGGCUCGAGUUUAACUAGAUAAACUAUAUUUUAGUUUUGUUUCGUAGGUAAGCUAGCCAACCCUCGGUGGACCUCGUUCUCUGUUAGCUUGCAGUUGUCGGUUUGAAGCCCUCUCUUUGUGCCAUCAUGGACCAACAUGACUCCUACCCGGUGAAACUGUAUAUUUACGACAUGUCCAGAGGCAUGGCCCGACAGCUGAGUCCUCUCAUGCUGGGGAGACAGCUUGACGGGGUAUGGCACACUGCCAUUGUGGUCCAUGGAAAAGAGUUCUUCUUUGUGGGAGAAGGCGUCAACAAUUGUCCACCGGGUGGCACCCCCUUGGGUGAGCCUGACUCCAUCGUGGACCUGGGCUCCACUGAGGUGCCUGCAGAUCUAUUUAUGGAGUACCUGCUCUCACUGGCAGAGUCGACAUACAGCGGCGACAAGUACAACUUGUUUGAGCACAACUGCAACACGUUCAGCAACGAGGUGGCUCAGUUCCUCACGGGGAAAAAGAUCCCGUCGUACAUCACCGACCUCCCAUCUGAAGUUCUAGCCACGCCUUUCGGCCAGGCUCUGCGCCCGUUGCUGGAAUCCAUCGUCAUAAAUCCUGGAGGCAACAACAUAACUGGAAAGAGAUAGACGGCGCUAAAGGGAGACAUACAUGUCAGGAUUAGGACACUCGCCAUCGGCCGGACCACCUCUCUGCCUGUGGCUGACUUAACUCGUCUUCAUGUGGACUAACCUCCCUGUUCAGUGUCUGUUCUACACAUCAGAGGGUUGAAGGUGUGCCAGCCACUCGGGCCAGAGGAUAUUUGAAUAUUUAUUUUGUUGAUAGGAAAUGUGCUGCAGUUCCAAUGAGCACUUCACCUGGUUCAACCCAAUCAUAAUCCUCCAUUACUCGGCUUGGCUUGAGUGUUUUGAAGUGGGGUUGUACGAUGUACGUACAUAGUGUGUUUCAAAUGGAUGAGCGGUCCUGAACUUCAUUGACGUGUGAAGUAUCAGAUAUUAGAAGAUGACAAUGUUAAUAAUGAGGAAUUUUAGCGGCCUUUCUACAGUAUGAGAAACAGAUAGUUUUAGACCAUAAACAUGUUCUAGUGGUAACUCAAAACCUAAUAUACAUCGAAAAAAAUUAGAAUGAUAUGUCCCCUUUUAAGGCAAUCCUCUUAACGUCUCUUUUAUUAACUGAUUAUUUCUCUUCUUUAUCAAAAUGCACAUAAUAUUACCGGUGCUUGUAAUAAUUCCUGCUUUUAAACUUGUUAUUUUCUGUUUUGAUGUGUUUGCCGAUGCUCAUUAAUAAACCAGGACUGCGCUCCGGGAGCUCGGCCAGAGGGCGGGAUCAUUAAAAGGAAGGAAACCACUCGGGAAAAUAGUUCAGUGUUGUAGAAAAUAUAGUUUGACCAUAUAUAAGAGUUUUCUGAUAUAACUUUUGAUAUGCUUACUUCAGUCGGGGACAUCUAAUGGUCACAGAGCAUAGUGUGUGUUGUUAAUAAAGAACCAAUCACUUGUA